CGGAUCAGAUGCCUGACCGUUUCUAUCUUUGGUAGAAAGUUUACUGGAUGUGUGGAGUGGCUGAUCUUUGAAACUUGAAUGAGAAGCUCUCGGAUCAGGCAUUAUUCAUGCCCUUGCAAACGCCUGAGUUAUGCGUUAGAGUGCACAGACAUGAAACACACGGCCUAAGUCUUCACCCCAUCGUCCACAGUCGCCCGUUCAUCAGCCCGCGAAAUUUCCCCUGUAUGAAAAAUCAAAAAUCAAAUACAAGGAGAUGGCUGGAAGAAUACCCUCAGGUAGGGCACCUGCUCGCGGGGGUCAAUGUGCAGGUCCAUCGCGCGGUAUUAGAAAUCCCGGUUUGACGAGAGCGGCGCAAUUGCGGCAGGCAAAAUCCGCGGCUUUUGUAAAGGAGCAAGAGGCGAAGGAAGCGGCUAAAAAUAUUCGAGUCGGUGGGCCCUGCGAUGUUCCGCGGAAGGCACGUGUCCCGAAAUUUACGAGAGGCCCCCCCCCAGCGGAACCCCGAAGGAUUAAUAUGACGAAACCUGCUAUGACAAAGGCCAUGUUAGCGCGCAUGAAACAUGCGGAAGAAUUCACAAAGAAUCUCGCUAAUCAAAGAAACGAAGCGAACUUUCAAAGAACUCAACGAGCUCCGACAGGCGGUGACCCCAGGCAAUGUCGGCAGCCUAGGCAAAGAGCUACGCCAGGUUCGCUCCAGCAGGCAUCUGCUGGUUCGCGAUUGAGAGGUCGAAAAGGCAACGCUUGCGGCGAGACUGGAUCUUCUACCGCACCUGGUCCGUGUGCGCAGGGUCCAAGGCGAGGUGCGAUGCCUCUUCCUCAGGCACAUUCCUCCAUGAGGAGAGGCAGAAGGUCGGGAGGAAUUAGUGGCAUAGCGGAAGAACAACCCAUCACGGCAAAAACCUGCGAGCUUGCCCAGUCUAUGAAUGCCGAUGUUCUUCAGGCAGAGCCUGUCGGAGAAGGGCCUGUACAAAAUAUUGUAAUACCUCCCGGUGCUGUGAGUCAAUGUAGAACGACGAUCGUUGCUCUGCCACACGACGACAGUGCAAAUCGAUCAUUGCAACUUCUUAGCGAAAGUCUGCUCGAGCAAGAUGCUCUAGAAUCGGUAACUAUUAACAGUAGACUUUGCGAGCUACAACACGCGAGAAGAGAUUUUGUACUCGCUGUGGCCAAUGUUGGAGGCAAUGUGGUAAACUUACACCAGCAUUCACAGUCUCCCUGCUCGGAUCAGCGUACCCUUUAUCAGCUACCGGACCCGUCGGACGAUAUCUUUCAAGUGGAAUACGGGCGUGCGCAUCCAACUGUGAUGGCUGCCCGGGAGUUUCACCAACGGCAGAGCGCAGCCCAGGCGGAACGAGAGAAUCAGAUGCGAAUCGAUCGCGAGUUCGCAAAGGUAGCAGCUUGCGAGGGAGGAUUGAGGUCUGACGUUCCCAUGGAACAGGAAAUUAUGGAGGGGGACAUAUCCUUUGAGGAGGAUGAAGAUGGGGUGAUCAUACCGUGCGCUUCGAGAAUAAAAGCAUCGAUGCCCCCCAUUCCACGAAAAAAUAUCGCCGCCGUACCGGAUGCAAUUGGCCCUGAAGAGCUCCAGAGGUUCUUCGAUCCUGCUAGAUAUCCCAUGCCUUGCGAUUAUGCUGAUCCCUACAUUCCACCGGCGGGACGCGAAAACCUACAUCCCGACCUUUGGGAGCUGGAUGAUCCUUGGUAUAGGGAAAUAACACAGCCAGACCUUAUGGAUUUCAACAGUUACUGCUGACGAACAAAAACAGUUCGAAUCAUACCGUAGUUUAUAAACCCACUUUAUCGUGCCCCAUAUCCCUAUACAUACAUUAUGAAUCAUUUAGUGAAAUGCCGUUUGUUAUUUAGUUAUAUAUACCUAUGUACUUAUACAUUAAUAAAAGUUUACAACGA